AUGGGCAAUCGUUCGUCCUCGACGUGGGACGCCACGCAAACGCAAGAAGACUUCAUGCGAAACGACCGCGUGAUCGUUGUUUCGGCCGCGGAUGACGUGCUCGGGAGCGAGACGAAGGAAAACGCGCACAAGUUCAUCGAAGGGUCGUCGACGACGCCGCGCGGGACGCUGCACCGAGCGUUUAGCGUGUUCCUGUUCGAUGACAGCGGACGGUUGCUGCUGCAACAGCGCGCGGCGAAUAAAAUUACAUUUCCGAGCGUUUGGACGAACACGUGCUGCUCGCAUCAGCUGACGGGACAGAAACCAGAUGAGAUGGACGACGCGUCGGCGAUCGCGAGCGGGGCGUGCGACGGCGCGAAACGCGCGGCGACGAGGAAAUUGAAACAUGAACUCGGUAUCGACGCCAAGGACGUGCCGACGGAGAGCAUCAAAUUUUUGACGCGUUUACAUUACUGCGCCGCGGAUGAGUUCGCCGAGAAUGCGAAUCAACCGGUGGGAGGGACGUGGGGCGAGCACGAGAUGGACUACAUUUUGUUUGCGAAAAUCGCGCGCGCGGGCGAGUCGUUGCCGAUGGCGGUAAACGCGGAAGAGAUCGACGACACGAAGUGGGUGACUGCAAGCGAACUUAAGGCGAUGAUGGACCAGUCCAGUGGGUUGCGAUGGAGUCCGUGGUUUAGGAUCAUCGCCGAGAAGUUCUUGUAUGCGUGGUGGACCGACUUGGACUCGCUCGACAAGCACGUCGACGUCGAGACGAUUCACAAGGUGAUGUAG